AUGUCUCCGACUGAAGAGACUGCCGCCGCCUCGGCGGAGCCUGCGGCUGAGGCUGCGCCUUCCGAGCCCGCCGCAGCCGAUGAGAAGGCCCCGGGGGCCGGUGCCGGGGCGAAGAAGGGCGCGAAGGCCGCCAAGGAGGCGAAGCCGAAGAAGGCUCCGGCUCCGAAGAAGCCUCGCGCUCCUCCCUCCCAUCCUCCCUAUUUUGAGGUAAGAUCGCUCGAGAUCUGGAUUUCUGCGGUCGAUAUUUGCCGAUUCGGGGGAGAAUCCGGCGGUGGAUCUGUUCUGAUCGGUGUCUGGUUAACUGGUUUGUAGAUGAUCACCGAGGCGGUCUCCACCCUGAAGGAGAGGACGGGGUCUAGCCAGUACGCCAUCACCAAGUUUAUCGAGGACAAGCACAAGGGCCACCUCCCUCCCAACUUCAAGAAGCUCCUCCUCGCUCAGCUGAAGAAGCUCACCGCUGCCGGCAAGCUGACAAAAGUGAAGAACUCGUACAAGCUUCCUCCCGCCAACCCGCCCCGUCCAAAGGUUGCCGCUCCUCCGCCUCCCGUCAAGCCGAAGCCGAAGCCCAAGGCUGCUGCGGCGGCUGCGCCGAAGCCGAAGACCCCCGUGAAGCCGAAGGCCGCCAAGCCAAAGACAACGGCGAAGCCGAAGGCCGCGAAGCCUAAGGCCGCCGCGAAGCCCAAGGCGGCGCCGCCUGCCACCAAGCCGAAGACGGUGGCGAAGCCGAAGGCUGCCGCUGCUAAGCCCAAGGCCGCGGCACCAGCCGCCAAGUCCAAACCGAAGGCAACCCCGGCGAAGCCCAAGCCGAAGCCCAAGGCGCGGCCGGCAAAGGUCGCCAAGACGUCGGCCAAGGACAGCCCCGGUAAGAAGGCCGCCCCGAAGGCCGCCGCCUCUCCGGCGAAGAAGCCCUCCGCAGCUACGAAGCCGAAGCCCAAGACCGUGAAGGCCUCUGCCAAGUCGCCGGCGAAGAAGGCAGCCCCGCCGAAGCGGACCAGCGCGAGGACAGCGAAGUAG